UGUUGUUGUUUUAACAAAGGUUAAUUCAAUCGGACGGUGUUAUAAAGUGCAGUGAUCUAAGGUUGUAGUGUUCUAGAAUGAAAGUGGAUGUGAUGUUCUGGUUUCGAGAUAUUUUGUCAUUCUGAUCAACUAUAUGGAAGACGAGGACAUCCGCUAUACAAUUACAGAUCUUGUCGUCGUUCCCGAAGUGGACUGAGAAUAGCCGGUUUCGUAUGGUUGAGAUCCCUACGACAGACCACUGUCACCUGCAGUUGCGAUUGCUCAGAUAAGCAUUGAACAUAGUCAGAGAAACUCUGAGAUCAAAGCAUAGGGAUCGUCUUGGAGAAAGAUGGUACACACAGAAAGAGUUCAGGGUUGCUAUUGAGGUUGAGCCGAGAAGAACAGACAUUUGAGAAGAACAUUUUUAUACAAUAGUCAGGACAGCGAACAAAGAAUGUCGAGUCAAGGUCGAGCCCCAACGAAGAACAUCUUGACCAACUUCGCCAGCAAUACCUCAGCCCAUGGUAUCUCGAAGUUAACCGAUAAAAAUGGCAUCUUGCUGAAGUUGAUGUGGCUGCUGCUGCUGCUGGGUGCAACAGGAAUGAUAGUGUACCAGGUUUUCGGGCUGAUAAAUCAGUAUAAGAGGCGCCCAGUGAACACGCAGACGUCCAUAGAGAACACCCAGUUGACAUUCCCUAGUGUCACCAUGUGCAACCUCAACCCGGUCCUCAACUCAGAGGCGAGCAAAUACAACAUGUACCACGUCAUUGAAAGAGUGGCCAAAUACCUGAACGUUCCGCUGUCCGACUUCACGAACACUGACGCUGCUCCAUCCAGUGAUAAUUACAAUUUCUCCGAUGUCAACUUCCAAACUGAUGAUCCCCUGGAUGAGUCCAUUCUGGAGUUCCAGUUGGAAAUGCAGAGCUUCUCAUUUGAUGGUCUUGAAGAGAUUUCCCAGAAGUUUGAGAGCUUCGUCAUUUCCUGCACAUUCGGAGGAGUUGAUUGCGACAACGGCAACUUUACAGUGACCUUUGAUCAGGACUACGGCUUAUGCUACACCUUCCCCAGUAAGUCUGAAAACCAGACUCAAGGCAACUUCAUCUUUAACGCGGGGCCGCUUUACGGUCUGAAACUUAUCCUGAACGUGGAUCAGAACGAGUAUCUUCCUUUCAUUACCACCUCCGCCGGGGUCCGUCUCCAGAUCCAUGAGUUUGGAUCCAGGCCUUACAUGCUCGAACUCGGGCAGUCUCUCUCCACUGGCUUUGAGACACAGAUUGGAGUAAAACCUGUCGUGUACAAAAGACAGCCCCAUCCGUAUGGCACGUGCGACGAUUCUGGGAAGUACGAAAGUGUUCUGGAGUGUGAACGGAACUGCCUUGCGACUCUCAUAGAGGACAGCUGCGGCUGCACACGGCAGCAACAACAAGAAGAUGACCCCGAUCUGGAAAUGUGCGGAUCCAAAAACAUCCCGUGUAUAAAGGACAUCAUUAAGGAGAAGCAAUCCGGCAAGAUUAAAUGUGAUGUUGCCUGCCGGAGUACAUGCAGAGUGUAUGACUUCCAAAAACAAGUGUCAAUGACAAGAUGGCCGGCAAACCACUAUGACCCUGCAAUCAAGUUCAAGGUCAGGAAAUGGGCAGAAAAUUUCAAAACUGACGUAUUCAACGAUGAGAACAGCAGAGACAACCUUCUGUCCAUAAACGUGUACUUCUCAGAGCUGUCCCUGCAAACAAUCGAAGAGGAACCCGCCUAUGAGUUUGCGAGCCUCCUUAGUGACUUCGGCGGUCAGCUAGGUCUGUGGAUGGGUAUAUCCGUGCUGUCUAUCUGUGAGGUCUUGGAGUUAUUCUACCUCCUCAUGGCCAACUGCUUCAAACCACGCCCAAGAGUCAGCAGCUCCUCUGUCACUGACCUCAAGUCGUAACUACAUCAACUCCACCAACACGACUAUGGAUGCUUUAGGUCAAUUUCACUUCUUCCUCUAAUGAUAGUGCGGCGCUAAACAACAAAAACAAACAAACACAAAACACACAUCUAAUGAUAAAUAUAUGUAUGAACCGACAACAUAUAUUUCUAUACAAAUUAGCCAUUUGGUAUUAAGUACCAUAAUUCUUGUAUGCUUCAAACCUAUUUCACUUGUUGUGUUCUUUUGAUCAAUAUCGUAAUAUUAUAAAUACCAUAUUUCCAUACAAAACAGCAAUUUUGUAAUAGGGUACCAUAAUUCAUUGACGCUUUAAACUUAUUUGGCUUGUGUUCUAAUGAUAAAUAUCAUACUUUAUAAAUACCUUUUUGUUCUAAUUAUUAAAAUCGUAAUAUUAAAAUACCAUGAAAUACACUAAACGCCAAAAGAAACGUUACCCUCCAACCUUUAUGAAUUACUGAAAAACUAUCAAAGA